AACUCAGCUGUGAUGUCCCUGUGAUUGAACAUGGAAGUGUGCUUGGUGGUCGUCAACAAUACCGAGAGAAUGAAGUCUUGAAUUUUAAAUGUGACCCUUCACAUAAACGUACUGAUGAUCGACAAUCAAGAUGCAUGAAAGUAGGAACGGGUGCAGAAUGGAUCCCAACGCCUGGAUGUAAAUUGAUACAAUGUGUACUGACACCACUCCCAGGAACAACAUAUCGCCCCCCAAACAGAAAUCUGUUUUUACCUCGAGAAAAACUGCAAGUUAUAUGUGGGGACAGGGACUAUAUUUUAGACCAUAAAAAAACCACAGCACAGGUUACUUGCAAAGAGGAUGGAGAAUGGAACAUCAACCCAGUAUGUCUGGAGGUCAAAUGCUCAAACUAUCUACCAAAUGAAAAUUUAUAUCAAAAUGUUUGGACUGGGGAAAACAAUAAGCUAGGUAACACUGUACGGUACAGCUGUAGAAGGAAUUACAGGAGACCAGACGGUGUCACACAUGCCACCUGCACCAGAGAUGGAUGGACACCAAAACCACUUUGUCAAU